AAACUUUAAGGUCCUGAUGCUAUUUUUUUAUUUAGCCCGUUACCCUCGAAUUAUAAAUUCUACCAUUUAACACGCGUACCGCUGUUAUAAAUCAAUGGUACUAAAAGCAUCAGUGGUUUCUAUCCAGGACUGUCCAUAAGCUGUUAAAGGACUCAACAAAGAAAGAAACAUAGAAAUAUUGUGUAUACAAGACUAACGCCCCUCAUUCAUUAGCAACCAGUCGUUUAUUGCUCACGUCACGUGACUCGCUAUAGACGCUAACAACAUGGCUGCCGAGGAGCUGCCGUCUGAGUUUGACGUCGUUAUUCUAGGCACAGGUCUACCUGAGUCUGUUGUGGCGGCAGCGUGUUCCAGAGUCGGACAGAGAGUUCUUCACCUAGACAGGAGGAGUUAUUACGCAGCGAACUGGGCCAGCUUCACUUUUAAUGGCCUCCUCUCCUGGAUCCAGCAGUAUCAGGAGGAACCCCAGCCAAAGGAGGUGCAGGAUUGGUCAAGCCUGUUGGAUGAAGGGGAGGAGCUGGUCUAUCUGUCCAAUCCCGACUCUGCCUCAAUCAGCAAUCUGCAGGUUUUCUGUUUUACCAGUGAGGAAGAUGAGGAGGAAGCUCAGAGUUCUGAUCUUCCAAACCCCACAGAAGAAAAAGCAGUGAAUGAGGAUACAGAUGUAAAACCAUCUGCAGACUCUAAUGAAGAAGCAACAACAGAGAAACAAGAAACAGUUGGUGGAGCAGAAGAAGAGCAGGUGACACCGACAGAAGGGGAGGAACAGGAUACUGACAAGCCACACCUCUCUACUGCUCAAAGCCAAUUGGAGCCAACUCGGAAGAGAAUCACCUACGCUCACCUAGUGAAGGAGGGACGCCGGUUUAACAUCGACCUUGUCUCCAAGCUGAUGUAUUCCCGUGGCUCAUUGGUUGAUCUGCUCAUCAAAUCAAAUGUCAGUCGGUAUGCAGAGUUCAAGAAUGUCACCAGGAUACUUACCUAUCGCAAUGGCAACGUGGAGCAGGUGCCCUGCAGCAGAGCUGAUGUGUUUGCAAGUCGUCAGCUGUCUGUGGUAGAAAAGAGGAAACUGAUGCGUUUUCUAACUUCCUGUAUGGAAGAGACAGAGGAACAUCAAGCCUACAGUGGAAGGCCCUAUUUAGAGUUCCUGUGUGACCAGAAGCUUGGAGACAAUCUGCAGCACUUCCUGCUUCACUCAAUUGCCAUGGUGACAGAGGACACGCCCAUAGAGGAGGGGCUUGCUGCCACACGGCAUUUUCUUCGCUCUCUGGGUCGUUACGGCAACACCCCCUUCCUUUUUCCUCUCUAUGGCCUUGGAGAGAUACCGCAGUGUUUCUGUAGGAUGUGUGCUGUGUUUGGAGGAAUCUACUGUCUGAGACACUCUGUCGACUGUUUGGUGGUUGACAAGGACACAAACAGGUGUAAGGCAGUGAUUGACAACCGAGGACAGCGAAUUAGCUGCAGCCAUUUUGUGGUGGAGGACAGUUACGUGGGGAAGAAGGCGGCUGCACCCAGAAGGUUACUCAGCCGUGCAGUUCUGAUAACGGACGGGUCCGUUCUCCCCAGUGACUCGGACCAGCAGGUUUCAAUGGUAACGAUUCCUCCAGUAGCAGCAAGAUAUCCUGUAGUGAAGAUGGUCGAGCUGUGUCCGUCUACAAUGACCUGCAUCCCUGGAACAUAUCUGGUCCACCUCACCUGCCAGUCAGCUGGCUCUGCCUACGAGGACCUGGCACCCGUGGUUACCAGGUGUUUUCACACGCCAGACUCACCCGACCAAGAGAACCGUCCGUCUGUCCUCUGGUGUGUCUACUUCAACAUGGUUGACGGUUCAGGGGUCGAGCUUGAAGGUCACGGACUCCCAUCUAAUGUGUAUGUGUGCUCUGGUCUGGACAGCACUCUGGGACACGAAUACGCCAUCAGACAGGCUGAGCUGAUCUUCCAGAAGAUUCUCCCUGAGGAGGAUUUCUGUCCUCCAGCACCAAACCCAGAAGAUAUCAUCUAUGAUGGGGAGAACCCCUCAACACCUGCGGGAGAGGAGGAUGAGGAUGGAGCAGGAGAAGAGGGGAAACGGGAGCAGAGCCAAACCCAAGAAUGACAAACUAAACAUUUGUUGUUUUAUUUAAAUUCUGUAAACAGACCAUUAAAUAUUGAGAUAAUUGUA